AUGGGUCAGGAAACUGGCCAGAAAAAGGCGGUGGAUCGGAAACGACCCAACCCCGACUCUCCCAAUCUGACAGGGACGACAGACGCGAUCAACAGGACCCUUGCUAUGCGGCUGGAAGAAGGCAGUUCCAGCAGCGGCGUCAGAGGGGAUGCUUCGCCGGCUAAGAAGCCAUGUGUGGACAACAAGCAAUUACCAGGGCAGGUGCCCACCCCAAACCAGUACAUCCAGCAACAAGAUCCCAACAGGAUGGGUGCCAAUCACCAGGCACAGCCUAUUGACAAUGGCGUCACCAACCAGAUGGUUGAGGGAGCUUCUGUAGCGGAUAGCAUCGAGGGUGUCCAAGCACUAGACUUGCUCAACGAUAUCGGCAACACGGAUGAUUUCAUGCGUUUGUUGGACGAUCCCAAUGGAACGCAGUUGGAUGAGAUGAUGAAAUCUGGUCAGUUCAACCCAGACACUAUUCUAUCUGAACUGGCCAGGCUCGAGAACAAUUUGAGUAAGCAGCUCGGAGAAAUGCCAGACAUAGCCACAAACUCACCACGGAGUCAGGAUCCAAAUAAGCAGAGUGAAAUGAAACCUGACACUGGUUCCAAUAGUGCCGAAUCUGGAGUGGUCUUCAAAACUGAGAAUUCAGACUCUUAUGACCCCAUGAUGAGGGGGCCUCCAAAUACUGUUGCUACCGAAGCAGUGCCAAAAGGUGGACCAUUGCCUAGUAUAAUUGAAUUUAAACCCAAUACAGGAAAGAAUGUAAUGAUCAAACAAGAACCGCAGCAAAUCAGUGCUUCACAGGCUGCACGGGCCGCGUUUAAUGGACAAAAUGUGCAGACAGCUGUGAGUAGUGGUGCCCAGAACAUUGUACCCCAGGUAAAUCAUCUAACUUCAAUGCAGGCCACUGCUACAUCGGCAUCAGUCAUGAAUCCCUCUCUGAGAGGGUCGUUUGUGAGUGGUGCUUCAGGGCAGCAAGGAAACUUCUUGAAUGCACAGCAACAGCAGCAGUUAAAUAGUAGGCAGUUUCUCCAGAACGCUCCCAUGGCCAACCAACAAAACCCUCAUUCAAGGAUGCCCAAUCCAGUGCUCAACAGUAAUAUGAACCCUUCCAUGACAGACCAACUUACGCAAUUUGCAAACAAUGCUAUGCGCGGACAGUCUCCCCAACAUGGGAGACUACCAAGUAUAAUGCAAAGCUUUAUCCAGGACCGUGGUCAGAAUAUGGCACUUUCUAGUGGCCAGGCUGGGAACAUGUUACCAGGACAAGCCUCUCAGUUUGUAGGGCAUCCUCAGCAGUCACAACGUACGGCCAACCCAGAAAUCCUCCAGAGGUUGCAGAAUCCGCCCCAUUACAAUGCCGGUGCAGAGCAAAGGAAGUUUAUGGCAAACUCGUAUGGCCAGUCGCCUCAGCAGGGUCAUAAUAUGCAGCAGGGCAACAACCAGAUGUUGAUUCCUAGACGCCCUCCACCUCGUUAUGACGAGACACCGCACCGCAACUCGAUGCCAUUCCAAGGUACUGUCAACCAAGGAAUGCCUCAACAGCUCGGUCAACAAGGAGGUAUGAUGACACACAUGGGAGGACAACCAAAUGUUCGCUCAAUCACUCCUGGUACGAGUUUGCAAGGUCACCCGAACAACGGCAUGGCAGCUGGUGGAGCUAACCUUGCUCCACACUCAAGUAUGAUGCAGGGCAUGGCUCAGCAGCAGCCACAGCAACGGGGGUUGAUGAGUCGUCUGACCCCACAGCUUCGACGGCAGCAGAUGAUGCAGCAGAAUAUGCGUACCAUGCAGCAAUCUGCAGCUAUGGGUAACCAGAUGAACAUGGGCACUGUUCCUCCUAGUGCUGUUAACAUGGGUCAGGCAGGUGUGGCACAGUACCAUCAAAGACACCUGCCUGGCCAGUGGCCAGCGAAUCAGCUUUUGCAGCAACGUAUGCAACAACAGACCAGCAACUUCCAAGGUAACAACAUGAUGCAGCAGUCAUACUCAACGCAAUCGCGCUUCCCUCAACGAAACGUCAUGGACUCUGGAUCCAACAUGAGAACUUUCCAGAAUAUCACCUCUCAAGGAGGUAUAAGCAAUGCUACCAAUACAAACCCUUCCAUAAUGGCUCAGCAACAAUUUGUCGGUCAGCCACAACAGUCCCAGCAACAGCAAGCUCAGCAACCAACACAACAGCAACAGCAGCAACCGCAACAACAGCCUGUUCAAGGUAACCCCAUCGCAGCCAUGCAGAAUGGUUCCUCCGUUAGUGCAACAAACCAGACAUUUGGCAAUAAUGCCCAGCAAAUGCAAAUGGCUAUGAUACCAGAGAGCAACAACCAACAGCCGCAACAACAGCAACAACAACAAUCCGGCAGCACCGAAAUGUUGGAAUUGCUUGACAACAUCAUUAAAAAUGAUGGAACUCCAAGAACAAAUAGUCAUGUGUGAGAAUUAGCAGGGGAAUCCGCAACGAUACCAAGAAUGUUUUGAAUAUGAUAGAUGUAUGUUUUUAAGAAAAAAAAUGUAUUUAUAUGAAAAUAUGCAUGUUUACGAUUUAGAUCUGUAGAUACCACACCUUAAGUGGAAGUUUUUAAAGUAAUAUAUGGUUCUCUGUCUCUGAGAUUGUAUGGGGAGGAGAGAUUCUUUCGUCAGUAUUGUCUUUUCUUUUCUUUUAUAUAAUUGUCUAGAAUAAGUGGUGGUUAAAGGUCUUAUCUCUAGAUAGGUGUAUUUGUGUAAAGGGUUUUUAAACAAGACUAUCAUGAAAUCUCAGGUUUGAAACUUCAGUGAAGUAUGAUAUCACUGAUAUUUAACUUCUCAGUGAUUCUUGUACAGAGAGGGACAUAAAGGUUCCUUUCAUAAUAAGUGCACACUCUUUUUGCUAGAAAACAGUUGCCUUUAACUUGAGUUUGGACUUCUCUUUUGAAGUGACUUUGAACUUUUUUUUGGUAACGGACUAUACUUAAAGCUCUGACUGACCUGAACGUCUAAAAGAAGGUAUGGUGCAUUUUAGUAUCUUUUUCCUAAGAUUGGAUAUCAUUUUUUUUCUAUCUUGAACGCAAUCAAUAUUCUAUUCCUGAAAGCAAAUAUUUUGUACAUGUGAUAAAAUAUGCAGAUGUAUAUAUACAGAAGAUGAAGUAGGUUUAGUGGUCACAAUUAUUUAUUAAUUAUUUUGUUAAUUUUGAUUUGUUCAAAUAUUCAGAUCUAUUGCCUUAAUGUAAAGAAUACAGAAGUAAAGAGAUUUGAUAAAAUUUAUAUGAUUGAAGAAUAUAGCAUUUUUAGAUCGGAACAUGGAAAGGGUUUAGGACUGAAAAUUUGAAGUCUAGCAUACGUAUUGAAUAUUGUUUAAACAGGUGGACUAGGGUUUGGAGAAGGUGUACAUGAUGGGACUUUAACGCUUAACAGGGAAUGAAACCUUUGGAACUAGUGGGAUUGUGUGGAAACUGAAAAAUCAAAGAAAGUUUUAUGAGCAUUUGAAUAUUGCGAUCAAUAAUGCUAUGGAGAUCCUCCUAUUGGCAAUGUGACAAAGUUGUGUGAUGUCACAUGUGCUCAACUUUCCCUUUGGUGGACUAUGAAAUACCCUCAAGAUGUAUCUUUUUACUCUUUCUUUAUGGUGAUGCAAACUCUUCAUCCAUUAUGCAUUCUUUGAAAAACUGUAUUACAUGCCCUCCUAUAGAAAGAAUACAUGAGCUACUGAUAGAUGUGGGAAAAGGGGCAGUUUAUUAAAAUGAAAUAUAUACCAAAGUAUUGGGACAGUUGUUCUCAUGUGACAUCACUCAUCUUUGUUGCAUUGCCAAUUGGAGGAUCCAUAACAAUAAUGAUCUGAACUUCAAAUGCUUAUAACUUUCUUAUUAUUUAUUCAGUUUUUCUCAAACUUUUAUUGAUCCGUUUCGUUGGAUUUUCUGUUUUUGCACAAUCUAUCUUGUUCCAAAGGUUUCAUUUUUCUUGAAACCACCUGGGUUUGUCUUCACACUUACACUUUAUAGCUAUGGCAAGUCUGUGUACUUCUGCAGCCUGCAUGACAGACAUCAUUUAAGCACACUGCAUUUUGGGCCCUUUUCAACAGUGCAUAAAAACAAGAACUUGAUUGUCACAUUGUAUACUUUUCUUAAGUGAAUAUUGAAAUACUUUUAACAUGCACAAUGUUUGGGUAACCAAAUUGAUAACCUUUUUUUCAGUCGGUUUUAGGCAAAGUCAGUGUAACAAGGCCAGUCUGAAUUUGUGGAAAUCUCGUGUUUCCUGACCCGUAUUUUUAAAACCUUAAAUAAUUCUAGUAACUACUUCAAUGUGUAUGUGAUUAGGUUAUAACUAGACUUAAUCGGCCCGAAUUUACAAAGGUAGUUUUUAAAACUAUUGCUUGAACCCAUGGUUUAUAGUGAUUUCCUGUAUAAAUUAUGCUUAUUUACCGCGUAUAAAAAAAAAAUGUCCAACGCUGAUGUACGCUUUUGUCACAGUGAGGCAAAAUUGUUGCCUGUUGCCAUUACUUGCCAUGGUUAUUCACGCUAUUUUAUUCAUGAGUCCACUGUUUUCAAUGAAAAAGUCCACUCUUCAAACAGUAGACUCAUGAAUAAAAUAGCGUACUUAACCAUGGCAACAGACAUCAAUUUGGCGCACUGUGACAAAAGCGCGCAUCAGCAUUGGACAUUUUUUAAUAUCCAUGGUAAAUAAGCAUAAUGUACACAGGAAAUCUGCAUAAACCAUGGGUUCAACCGAUGGUUUUAGGAACCACCUUUGUGAAUUCGGGCCAUUCAGGUUUUGUGAACAUGGGCCCUGAUGGAUGUUAAACGCAUGUUUGGAAUGGUUUCUCAGUUACCGGUUGGUUUUUCUGCAGAUUUGACGAAUAUGUUUCCAAAGGUUGAACACAAUAAAUAGUUAGAUGGUUUGGUAUUGCCGUAGCACCAUGAAACUACAUGCAUUGCAACACUAGUGAACACUGUAGGAUCCCAUCUGGAUCCAUCAAGUUCAUGUAAAAAGUAAAACAAAUGUACUAACCCACCUUUCCCCCUCCUCUUCUCUCUCUGCCCCCCUCUCCUUUUUCACUUUCUCAUUUUGCAUCUCUUGCUUUCUUUACAUUGUCUUCUGUUAUCAAAGCUGCAUUUUAUUACAAGAUGAAAAUAUGCAAAUACUGUCGAGUUAAUAUUGCAUUUAAAAACAAUAAUUUAAAUCAAUGAAUGCAUCUCUGUUUCAGAAGUGAAAUUAGAAAUUCAUGUUGAAUUUGAGAUUUACCAAGCUGUGUAGAAUUGAAUAUACAGUCGUGCAUGAACCAGUCGAUUAAAUAUUUUUAUGUGAAGAGUCGUUUUGUACUCUUUUGUAAGUUUAGACAAUCUAAGCAUUUUGGCCCUUAAUUGUACUUUGUAUCAUUGUAUGCAUUGUGGAGGUAAAUUACAGAGUUAAAUAUGAAUGUCAUAUGCUUGGAUACUUAAAAGUAAUUUUAUGCAUUAAAAAAUCAAUCAUACCUUGCAAUUAAUUGAAAUUUUGAAAUAGAUUAAUGAUGGGUCCCGUUCUACAAAGAUUUGCAAUUGAUGUGAUCAAAGCUCAACUCUGGACAUUAAUCAAUGCCAUAAUUUUUGUUAAGGAAAUUUGCACAACGUCCCUUUGAAAGUAUAGGCACAUAAUGGAUUGUCAAGAUGAUGGUGCAAGCAUUAAUAUACAUCAGGGCCCUUUCUUACAAAGAGUUACGAUUGAUCCGAUCAAUCGCAACUAAGGAUGGCCAGCAACGUCAACAUCUAUUAUGCAUGUUUGUUCAAAAUAUUUUCUAGCUAUGAUGUAUUCAUGCAUUCAUUGUUUUCUUGAAAAUCCACUGCGCUUCUCUUUUUCGUAGAAAGAAAUUAUGACACUGAUGGAUUUCCAUAGUUACGUUGAUCGGAUCAAUCGUAACUCUUUGUAAGACGGGGCCAAGAUCUAGAAAACAUAGAUUUGCAUUGUUUAUGUUGAAGGUGCUGGCUUUCCAUAUUUGCAAUUGGCCGGAUCAAUGGCUAUUCUUUGUAAGAUGGGGCCCAAGUCUGUUCUUGUGACAGUUAGUAUGAACACGAAUUGAUUUACUAUGAAAUUGGUUACAUACUAGUUUCUUACAACAAAGCUUUUGACUAAUGCACUCCCAAGGAUUUUUUAUCAAUGGCGAUAUGCAAUCAUGCACAUUUCAUAAAGAUUUCAUAACAAAACUUUUUAAAACGUAUUAUAUUCUUGGCAAUUCGGUGGAUUCACAAUAUGGUGCGCCAUCUAUCGGGUGCAGCGGAUAGGCCAAAAUUCGCAAUGCCUCAUGGGAAAAAGUCAACGUCUGUGCGCGCUUUAGCUGAUGCAUGCAAUUAUGUUGUGCUGGCCGUCUUGCAUAAAAUCAUGCUGUUUACCAGGAUCCAGGAGGUGGGAUAGAAAUUUGCCGCACAUUUCUUUGCGAAAUUUAGAGUGUUUUUGGUCAAUUUUUCCUCCACUUUGCCAUGUGUUCAUUUUUUAAGCAUCACAGUCACAGUACACUAGCACUGUGCGCCGCCUGCGCCUGUUGACCCUGAAGUUAGAACUUUGCCUGUCCACUGCAACCGAUAGAUGGCGCACCGCAUUGUGAAUCCACGGGAUUGUAAUGGGUCUAUCCUAAUUACACAACAAUAAAUAUACCAACUUACCAGUUCGUUAUUAUAUUUUCAUGUGAAAAAGAAGACCCUUAUGUUUGAUGCAGUAUUAUGUCCUCACUGAACAGCUCUUUAUGAGGCCCAGGGCAUAGAGAAGAUAGUAAAUGAUAUGUCUGUGUUUUAAGGAUGUAUACUUUGAUAUUAAAAAUGAUGGACCAAAAUUGAUGAAUGAUAGUGCUAGCUUACAGUUAAAAAAAAAAAGCCACAAAACACGGAUACAUGUCCAUGCAGAUUUAAUUCGUUCAAUUCUUUAUUUCAUUUCCAUUCAAUCAUGAUACAAAGUAUAUAAAAAUAGUAAUAUAAAUCAGAUACAAAUUAUUGGAUUGACAUUUCAGAGAUAAGUUGUUUAUAAUAUAGAGUAUAUGGAAAUGGAGGUUUGGACCUUUGAUGUGUUGGUCGAGGUAAAAGGGUUUAAAAAAAGCUACUGAAAUUGUGACAUUUUAUUGGGUACGGGCAGAUAAUUCAAAGUUCUGUGGUUACUUCAAUCAGUGUAGCAAGGCCCAAUGGCAAGGCUUGUAAGAUGUGGUCAUCACUCAGGCUUCGGACUCCAUCCCUGCCAAGUCGGCCAGUUUAUAUUCACUAGGUGUAUAAGCACUUUGUCUAGAUCUUCUUAGAAAGUCUAAUGCCCAGUUUGUCUCCUCUCCAAGUCAUCUAUUAUUUUUGUACAUUAUCAAAUGAAAAUUUUGGUCAUACAGUCCAUCUAACCAUAUUAAGGUGUAAGACUAAGGUGCUAUUCCGGGUUUCGUCUAAUGCCAAUUCGUCCAAUUGCCAACUUGUCUACUAUCAUUUGUACUAUCAUUUGGUCUACCAUCAGUUCGUCCACUAUCCACAUGGUCUAAUUGCCAAUUCGUCCAAUCACCAUUUCGCCUAAUAACCAGUUGGUCUAAGAGCCAUUUAGUCCAUAUACCAUUUGGUCUAAUUGGACCAAGUUUUAAUUGUGCAAAAUGAAUGAAAAGGAAAUGGAUAUUAGGCUAACUGAUUAUGAGACGAGAUGGUCAUAGACAAAAUGGUGAUCAGACAAAGUGAUGAUUGGACCAAAUGGUUAUUGGACCAAAUGGCUGUUUGACGAAAUGUCGAUGGGCGGAAUGGCAUUAGACUAAAUUAAAGUAGACCAUGUGGUGGAUGGACGAGUUGGCAGAGACAAAUUGGCAAUUUACCAGACAAAAUGGCCAUACAGCCUAAUUGGAAAUUAUACACAGUGAUAAAUGGGCUAGUUGAAAAUUAUACCAUUGGUUAAUAGUUAAACUGGUUGUAGACGAACUAGGAUUAGACCAUGUGGGAUGAGACCAAAUGGAAAGUAGACAAAGUGGAUGUAGACCAAGUGGUAAUUUAUUCGUAGCCAUUCUGUAAUUCAGGGCUCUAAACUCUAAAGUGCUUAAUUGAACACUGCCCACUGUUGUUGAAUAUUGUAUACCAGUAUAUUUCAAGGAGAAUGGUCUAAAUAUAGUGAUCAGCCAUUGGAUGAAGUUAACUGUCCCUUUAAGUGUAUCCAGACCAUAUCAGUUGGGCAUCGAGGGUCCAUAUGGCAUUCUUUAUAAGAGUUUGCAUUUUUCCUUGUAGUCUUUAUCCUGGUAUCUCCAAGUUCUUAAUGGCUCCCUUGAUCAAAUCGAUUUACAGGGAAAAUUUUACAUGUUUUAAUAACAAAACCUUAAUUUUGACAAAGCUUUUCAUUGUAAAUGAAAAUUGAGUAAUUUAUUAAUUGUAAUUUGGUGGUUAUAUUUUCAGUCAUUGUUUUAAAUGUGUGUUGAUAUGUUUCAUUCACAGAGUGAAUACUGUUAUCAUUUGUUGGAGGCUUGUGGGAUAUUUUAAAAUUUUUAGGACAGCUCAGAACAAGCCCGAUUAUAGACUUGUGACAUAAGUAUCAACCUUCUUUUGCCAAGUGAGAGAUAAGAGAGGAUUCGCAACAACUGCACAGACGCUUUCUGAAACGUUGAGAAUCUGCUAUUAAAAGCCAGCCCUUCAUGACAAAUCAGCAUUUUUUAAAAUUGUUGAAUCAAAACAGCUGUGUCGUCCUGGACUUGGGACAAAUGACGUAUUUGCCAUUUAUCAUCAGCUCUCAAUCUUGGAUCGCUCUGCGGUCUUAGUACUACAACUGUAGUAUGCUUUGCCAUUGAGUUUGGAAACGAACUUGAAUAUUCACCAGGGAGUGGAGAAAGUGCUUGCACGGUGCACAGGCUUGCCAAAAUCUCAACUGGGAUAAUGAUAUAUCUGUAUAGCACUUAGAUAUGCUCUGGUCAGAUGUAUUCAGCCCUUUAUAAAAGAAAGAGCAGAAACUGGUAAUGUAGAAUGUGUAAAUGUAGGCAAGGAAAGUGUUCUUUUAGGCAGGUGGUGUUUCAUGGCAGUUUCCUUCAGCCGACCCGUUGAGAAAUACGUGCAAAGAAGUAGAUAUAUGGCCAAGGCAGAAAGAUUAAAGAUCCUUAUCGAUGGAUGGGUGGUGACUUUAACCUAUUUCAGGUAAAUACUCAACAAACUGUAAGAUUUUUAUGCAAUUUUUAUAUCCAAUAAAAUGUCAAUAUCAUAUCACGUUGGUCGUGUUUAAUCUCCUCACCACACCAAUUCCAUAUUGUCUUGACUUGUUAUGCAUUACUGCAGUUUCACUCUUGGCCUGUAGUAGUAAUAAGUCAAGUUUCAAGUGUUGUUCUUACAUGCCUUUGCCAAAUGAAUGCAUAUCCGCAUGCUAUAAUGCAUUGGGGCUUGGAGGGAAAAAAGUGCUGUUUUGUGUGUGCUGUUCUGUAUGAAGAAGAAGAAGAAGUACAAAUGUACAAAUCCACCUUGGUGAGUAGAGUUGCAUUGUCUCUGCCAAGAUUCUCUCCUAGUUUGGCAGAUUGCCAGGAUUUCUGCAACAUUUUUUUUUCAUGCUGUUAAUUCUUGCAGAUAUGCCAUUGCAUUUUUCUCCUGCACAAUACUAGUAUACCUUGUUAGCCAUCCCCACUCCCCCCUCUCUCCUCUCUCACUCACACAAUCUCAGCCCCCCCCCCCCCUCUUCAUAUUUCAGAGCUGCCAAGAAGUACCAAUUUCUGUAUUUAGUAAUGAAAAAUGAGAAGAAUACUGAUGGUUUCAGGCAAAAUACUGAUUUUACGAAUUUCCAGUUUUUAUGUGCUGUCCUAUGGUAUUUCUUUGAAAAUACUGAUUUCCUCAUCAAAAUACUGAUUUUCAGCUUUUACAAUACUGAAAUGUUCUUGUUCAGGGUGACAGCUCUGAUAUUUGCAUCAGCAACAUGGAAACACAACUAUAACUUAGUUCUGUGUUUCAGUCUUUUGCUGAAUACACAUGUGCGGAAAGGGAUUGGACCACAUGCAAUAUGAACCAACACGCUCCCUCUAUCAAGUAAAUCCUCAUUAUAACCUGUCUUUAAAGACCAUGUUUGGGUAAUGAGAUUGUUUUCGAAGAAGGUGUUCUUAUGGACAUGAUCUUGAGAAUAGUUUCAAUCACAGAAGAGUAGUAUUUCUAUCCAGGUUGCUGCCUAAGAAGACUUUCUCUUUCUCUGCAGGUAGUUGGGACGGUCUUAAAUUUUCUUUAAGAUGCAUUUUGAAAAGCACAAUUUUUUUUUAAUGCAGGUUCAGAAUCUGUUCUUAGAUACAUGCAGUAUGUACAGCAAAUUUAAUAUCCAUUGAGAUUCGAUUGACUUGAAUGCUCAAAGCAGUCGGUUCGGAUGUGCAGAUGUAUGUACUUGAUUUAGAUGUAAUUGAUUUUCAUGAUCACCUGUUACAAACUGUAUCUGGAUGUUCUAUGAUCAAUGAAAAAUUCACAUGUUUUAUGUUGAUUGUUGGUGGUUGAUGUUGACAUGACAAAAAGGAUUAGAUUGGAGAGUUAUAGUCUUAUAGACCACUAUCGCAAUGGACCUGACCACGAUCAAAACAGUAGAACACUCGUAACGACAUAAGAAUGACCAUUAAUGACAUCAUGGUACGUUAGUAAUGAUACAGUAUUACAUAUUCAAAGCAAUACUUAAUAACAAGGUGUUUAAUUUUGUGUAAUCCUUGAUUCCUUCCAUCACAUGGCUUGAUUUUUCAACUUUCCUUCAACAUCUUGUGAUCCUGGGCCUUGACUUGCAAAGAUUUACAUCAAACUCAAAUUGCAACUGAUCUAACAUUCCUAUCUCUUUAAGGCCACCGCUCACCUUACAAUCGGUCUGUGACCCGAUUUGGGAACAAAACGUAGUAGAAUUUGAUGCUAGUAUUGAGACAUGGAAUAUCUUACUGUGUAAUGUUCUAAAUCAUCAUACGAAUACCUACGUUCCAAUCUGUGACCAUGCUAUCAUCCUUAUUAGAAUAUUAGCGAAUUUAAUAUCUUGUCAUAAUGACGUCAUAGCAAUUGUAUGAUUGUCUAUGAUUUGAAACUAAUUUGUCCUUUACUCCAAAAUAAAGGCUUGCAAUCAACCAAAAUUGUUAUAUUAGUAUUCUUUCAGUUAAUUUGAAUCUCAAAUAAAGAUGCUUUUCAUUCAUAUUUUCAGAAAAUGAGCAAAAUGUGAUUUGUUCUAAAAUCGGAUCGUGGACCAGUCGUGAGGUGUGCGGUUGUCUUUACUUGCACAAUUUUACAUCAAUUGCAUUUUGGGUUUGAUUUAAAUCCAUCAGAUGGAACCAGUGUAGGAUCAAUCAAUUGCAAUGCUCCAGAGAUGGCUUCCACAAUGUCCUCAAGCUACUCUUGAUGCUUUAGGCAUUGGACCACGCAGUUCAUUUUCCUUGACAGUGUGUCCGCAGGAAUGGGAUAUAUAAUGUAGGAAGGGAUGCCUGUGUACUUAAAAGUAGUAGUUGUAUCUUGAAUGAACUUUAUGGCAUGAGUGGGAUGUUUGAUAUAAGGGUUGCUUAUGUCUCUGAAGAAUCCUUGAAAAUAUUUGGUGGCAGGAGUGGGAUCAUGUGUAAUGUAGUUGGAUAUGGGAAUGAAUGGGCUGUCUGAAUGUCUUAUAAGCAGUACCAUUGACAAAUCUAAUGAUAGGGGCGGGAGAGUAAUGUUGCAAAGUCUGGUUGUGUCUCAUGUUAAUGUCCUUGAUACAUUUGGUGUCAGGAGUGGGAUUAUUUGCUUACUUUAAAAAAAAAGGAGUUGUGCUUGCCUUGUACUAACAAAUGAAUUUAAAUGUUCCCCUCAUUUAGUCUGAGGUUGAGAAUAUAAAGCCAUGCCUGGCAGGCUGGCACUGUCAUUUGGGUGGAAAGCUUAGAGAAUUGCGAAGCUACGUGUUUGGUAUGUUUUUGUGAUGGAAGUUUAUAUCUGUGAAAUAGGACUACGGUAAUAGAGACAGAGCAAUUGCAAUCAUGCCAAGUUCUUUGAUUCCCAAAUCUUGGAUGCUUCUGACCAAAGAUGUUAAGGAGGCCAGUGUAUCAACUUUGGCAUAGGUUUAUGCAGAUCAAACAUUCCUUGAGUACUAUACUCUCGCAUUCAGAUACAGAUUUGGGUGAGAACGCACCUGUGAGGUACAGUCGUAUAUCAAGCUGAAACCAAAUCGGUAUGAUCCCGAAGGCAGUGGUUUGAGCAAUAAACCAUGCAGAGGUACCAAGUAGCACUGAUUUUCAGUAUUUAGUACUGAAUAAUGAGAAGAAUACUGAUUUGUUCAUGCAAAUACUGAUUUCUAAACUUUCAGUUUUAUGUGUUGUCCUAUGGUAGUUGUUUGAAAUUACUGAUUUCCUCACCAAAAAUACUGAUUUUCAGCUUAAUGUUACUGAAAUGUUCUCGUUCAGGUUGGCAGCCUGACCACGGUUCAAGAAGGUACAUUUAUUUGGAAGUGUGUACAUGGUAACAAACCAAUACACGCCGUAAUGAUGUUAGUCAGCAAGCAACAUGCAUUGUGCUGCUGAAUGUGUGAACAAUACUCUGCCAUUGGAGAUGCGUUUCAGUUAUAUAUACAAGUACCAAGCUUCACAAUCUAUUUUUAUGCAAAAGUGAUAAGCAUGAAUCACUUCAAGUUCAAUCUCCUUUUUUUUUCAUUCACUGUGACAAGUAUGAUAGUAAUGUUGCUUUUUAAACUGCAAAUCUGUCUAUACUGAUCACCCAAAUUAUCUCCCUUUUUAAAGGAAUAUAUUUUCCAGAACCUGUCUAUAAUGGCCACCUGUCUCUAUUGGCUACUUUUUUCUGUUUCCCUCGGGGAGCCUUAAUAGACAGGUUUGGCUGUACGACAUUCAACUUGGUAGUUUUGCCCCCCCCCCCCCCCGCCUCGGUAACAUGGACUGAGUUGAUAUGUCAACUUUGUUAAUUCAUUGAAGCAUUUUCUAUUUCCUUAUAUGGCAAUCAGUGCUAAAUAACCAUCUCAUUUCCUCUGCAUGUCUUUUUGAAAUGAGUAAACAGUUCUUAGUGCUAUUUCAAAUGUCAAUCCUUUUUGUUUUUAAUAUCUUCAUCAUUAUUAUUUGCAUAUUUAUCAUGUAGUAAGUAGCUGUUGUAGUUAUAUGACAAUAUAUGUAAUUCGGUUUGAGAGCUGUGCAUAUUUUGUAUUAUUUUAUUUUCUAUCUUUAUUUAUGUGAUAUGUUGUUGCAUUCACACAUGAAGCGGGCUUUGAGCUAGAACAAGAUUUCCAAAUAUUUUAUUUUAAAAAAAUCAAGCAGGUCUUCAAAAGUCAUUGAAGUGUUGUUCCAGUUCAGAGUUUGUGAUAUCUGUAAAUGUGACAAUCUGAUCAUUUAAUGUUUCCUUAUUUCUCUCUCUAUAUAUAGAAAAACAGAAAAGAAUGAAGUCACAUGUUAAUUUCUAUUAUUGUGUAAUUUAUUUUCAAAGAAUUAAUGUUUGCUAUAUGCCAAUUGUAUUUGUAAAUACUGGUAUUUUAUUCAAAGAAGAAAAAUUCUGAAAUGUCCAUUUUCAUGUGUUUUAGGUUUAUAAUAUUGUGAGUCAUUUGAUAUGCCGAUGCAAACGUCAAAGAACAAUUGAAAAAAAACUUUAUAACUUACUUUGUAUAUUGAAGAAAGGUUGUCUUAUAUUUAUAAAUAGAUUUGGUAUCUGUAAAUUUGCCAUACUUUUGAAGAUACAGAAAAAAAAACUAAAGCAGCGUAAUGUGACAUGGGAAUGACUACUGGAAGACAUAAAAUGAGCACCCUUUUUUUCCCAUUUAUAUGAAAAAUUCUUUCUUCCUAUAUUUUGUAAGAAAAUGAAAGGAGGUGUAUGAAUCUUGCUGCAAUUUUACAACCAAGAUGUUUGGCUCAUAUUUAUCAUUGACAUCUGACCGUGUAUAUAUGUCAUGUUAUGUGUUCUCAUUCUCAAGAACUGUUUUUGUGAGGAUCUAUCUCUUUCUUUUUCCCCCAUUUUUUUUGCCUGUGUUUUCUAUAACUCUAGAAGAUCGUGUUUAGAAAUAAACUAAUUUUACACAUAGCUUAUAGAAAGGAAACUGAA